AUGGUUAGAAUGUAUUGUCAACUUGUAAAAUGUACAAAGUGUAAUAAUAUAUCACCAUCUUUUCAAGCAUUUAAUAUUAUUUCUUUAUCUUUACCACGAAAAUCUAAAAUAAAUUUACAUGAUGCUUUUGAUGAAGAAUUUAAAGUAGAAAAGAUGACUGACGAUUGUUCUUAUAAAUGUGAAAAAUGUAACGAUAAUGUUACAGCUAUCAAAAAUGUAUUUAUUUGGUCAUUACCAGAUGUAUUAACUAAUGGAUUAAAAAGAUGUCAUAAUACUCAUAUAAAAUUCCCGAUCUCUGUUCAAUGUUCAUUGGAUGAUUUAGAUAUUAACAUAUACUGUUUGGAAACAAGAAAAAGCAAUAAAAAACACGAUUUAUAUGCAUUUAUUGAACAUUAUGGAGGUAUGGGCGGUGGUCAUUAUGUAGCAUAUUGCAAAAAUUCUAUUACAAAAAAUGGUUCAAAUAUGAUGAUAGCAAUGCAACAUAUAUUCCCAAUAUUUCGCAAGCUAUUGACAAUUCAAGUUCUUAUGUUUUAUUUUAUCAAAAAAAUAGAUGUUGUACCUGAUUUUGUAGAAAUGAAAAUAGAUGAUAAUGAUGAAGAUUAUUUUGCAGAUAUCAAUGCAUCAGCAAGAAAUAUAUAA